AUGUCUAAACGGCCAGCAGCCUCCAAGAUCGCUCCAGGAGCGUCUUCAAAGCGCGUCAAACGCGUCAACCAAACCGAUGCCAUCUUGAAGAAGGUGAAGACAUUCAUUUCUACCGAGGCAGAAGUCGACAAGGGGUCAGAAUCAGAAAUAGACUAUUCUGAAGCAGAUGAUGAAGCCUUUGUAGUCCCUGACGAGGCUUGCGACGAUGAUCAGGCUUCUGGCAAUCAUCAGGCAAUAGCAUCCUCAGAGCCUCUGAAAGAUGUGGCAGCAUGGCGCAUUCUGAAAGAAUUUCUCGAUACUGAUAUGGCCUUUGGUCAAAUGCAAGCAAAACUUGUGGCGCACCUGGGUUCACAAUAUCGUGAAGAGGACUGGGCAGAGGCGAAGAGUCUAUUGUUCUCAGGCGAGACCGACAACAACAUGUCCUGGUCUAAUGUUUGCAAGGUAAUCGAACACCAUAUGUUAUUACCAGCGGAAUUUGGCGGUGUAGGGAUUCAUUUCUGGCUGGGCUUGCAGAGACUGUUUUUACCUUAG